AUGAAUUUCGGCAAGCUUCUCCUCCUCGUCGCCGUCUAUGGCCUCGGCAGCGAGGCCACCGACAAGACAUGCGUGUGCUUGAACCACCAGAAGCAGAACGUGGGGGACGCGACUGAGAGGUGCUGCAACUACGCGCAGAAGGCGGAUUUGGGCCGCGCCUAUGUGCCGAGCAGCAGGAAGUGCCGCUUCGACCGCAUGAACCAAUGGCCGUUCGCCAGCUGCUGUGAGAGCUACGUGGCACAGUCGUCCUGCCUUGAAUAA